AUGUUACCACUGCACUCAAAUUUUCAACUUAGCAGUACUGGUCUGUUUAUUGAUGAGGCACAGUCAUUUCUUGCAGCAACACCAGAUGGUCUUGUUACAUGCGACUGUUGUAGUUCAGCACUAUUAGAAAUAAAGUGCUUAUAUUCUAAGAGGCAUUUAAGUGUCAGAGAAGCUAAGCCAGAAUUUCUAGAUGAAAAUUUGCAACUUCGUGAAGAACAUGAAUAUUACACACAAAUACAAGGACAGAUGGGGAUUGCAAAAGUCAAGGAGUGUUUUUUUGUAUGUUACAGUGCUAAUGAUGUACAUAUACAAAAAAUUAAUUUUAACCUGGUUUUCUGGGAACAUGCAGUGCAAAAACUCUCAUCAUUUUAUUUCGAUUACAUAGUAACUGAAAUAUUUUCAGAAUCUGUUAAAAAAGAAUUGUUGUUAGUUAGAAACACCUGUUUAUGUAAUGGAAUGAAAUCAGGAACUGUGAUUUUGUGUAGUAUGUGCAAAUAUGCUUUUCAUAUUAAGUGUGUAAAUUUGUCUAGAACAAAACAAAAUUGGAAGUGUGAAUCAUGCAACAGCAAAUAA